AUGCGAGAGUUCUUGUUGCGUAGGGGAAGAGGCGCACAAGGGUUUAAGGACAACCCCUUUAGAUGCGGGCGAAGGGGCAGGUUCAAGCAACGAAUGGCUUCGGCGCGAAGAGCCGGUUUCGCAUCCAAGAAAGAUAGUAAAGCUCCUCCUCCAUCCUCGAAGCCCGCCAAGUUUGGAGGAGGGAAGCAAAAGAACAAGAAGUGGAGCAAGGGAAAGCAAAAGGAGAAGGUGAACACCAUGGUAUUGUUUGAUCAAGCAACCUAUGGUAAGCUCCUUUCGGAAGUUCCAAAGUACAACUUAAUUACGCCAUCCAUCAUGUUUGACAGAUUGAGGAUCAACGGAUCCUUGGCUCGUCGGGCGAUUAAGGACUUGAUGGCAAGAGGAUCAGUUACGCUAAUAGCUGCUCAUGCCAGCCAGCAAAUCUACACUAGAUCCAGCAGCACUAAGCUUAAAGAUAUUUCUUUCUCCGUCAGUGCCAAAGUAGCCUGCAUACAUUUGUUAGAUAACUAA